CAGGGCUCUAAUAGAGCGAACGAACGAAUCAUGGAUCACAGUGUUGUAGUAGCGGAUGAAAUUAAAUUGAAUUCUAUUAAACAAAUUUAUACAUAAAUUAAGAAAAAGUGAAUUACAAUACUUCUACUUUAAACAAAAUAAAAAAAAUAAUAUAAAAAAAAACAGAAAAGUCCCUAGUAAAAGCGAAAAAAGACGGUGCCCUUUGAAGGCAAAAAGAAAAAAUUUACUGUGUGUAUGUUUGUAUAUGAAAAAAGGUGGUGUGUAAAAGAGAAAAAGAAAAAGUAAAGCAAAUAAAAUAAUAAAAGAAAAAAAAUUAUAGAAAAUCUAUUCAAAUGCUUAAUUAAAGCAAAUCUAAAAAAUGUGGAAAUUCAAUAGAUAUUUUACAACAACACAGCAUUAGCAAAAAGAGAAACGAAAAAAAAAUUCCAAUUGUCAAGAUUUAUUUAUUUUUUUUGCUAGCUUCUGCACACUACACUCUUCUUUAAGUUCAUUGAAGUGCGAAAAUCGGUGUAAAAUAUACAAAAAAUUAUCGGGUUUAUUAUUUCUUUUAUGUAAAAAUUUUAACGCAAAAAAUUGCAUGCUGAGAUAUUUCCACUGCAAAAUAAAUUAAACAAAACAGAAAAAAGUUAAACCAAGAAAAAAAAUUGUUUAUAUUUUUUCCUUGUUUUUGUAUGAAAGCGAAAAAUGUUUUCAUAAUUGAAUGAAAUUGAAUUGAAUUAUCUUGUGUGUCAGUGAAAGAAGUUACAGAAAAAUAAAAGAAAAAAAAAAAGAGAAUAAAAUUAAAGAAAAGCGAAAUUUUUUCUUACGGCAUUUUAAGGGAAAAAAGUGCAGAAAAAAACAAAAGAAAUAGAACAAUAAAAAUUGCAAAAAAUUAAAAUUAAUGUGUGAAAAAUUGUGCAUAAAAACAAAGUAAAAUAAUACAAAUUUAACGAGAAAAGGAGAAGCAAAAAAACUUGUCUGCUGUUAAAUUUUGCAAUACGCUGUUUUUUCCUCAAGAACAUCCUACUUCUAGUCAUCCAUUUUAGUCUUCUUAUUCUAUAACUUUUCUUUACAUUUUUUCUUUACACCUCAUUCUCAUUUGUUGUUAUUGUUGUCUGGUGGUUCAGUCAUUCCUUCCUUUUUCUUACUACGUCGAGUACUACAUCGUUGGAUGGUUUGAGCUCCAUUGUGUCUGCCAUAAAAAUUUGCCAAAGAGUAUUUUUUUUUUUCAUUAGAAGACACAGAAAUUCUGGUUAAGAUAACUUUUUUUUUGCAAAUUAUUAUUGUUAAGCGCGUUUCUUGACUUUUUCCAUUACUGCACUUUCCUUAUUUGGUCCUUCAUGUGCACCUGUUUUUAACCUUCAACAAAAAAGAAAUAAAUAAAGCAAAAACAAGCAACAACCUUGGAUUACUAUUAAAAUUUAUUAAGACUCCAUCAUCUUACUACUACUCAUCAUUGCCAUCAUCCAUUGUGAAAAUUGUCCUCCAUCGAGACUUAAGGAGUCGAGCCUGUCAGUCAGUGAGUGAGUGCUGAAGCAGAGGGAUUUGCAGCCACAAUAUGCCCAAAUGCGAUGUUAAGACACGUUACAUUCCUGCGACUUUCGCUUGGAUUUUAUUAUUAACCACCACAUUUUUGUUCUUCUUUUUUCCCUGCGAAUAUUAUUUAAGAAGUCAUCCAUGGGUACCAGCAUAUCAGGGGGUUAUAACAUUUUUUGUUUUAGCCAAUUUUACAUUGGCCACAUUCAUGGAUCCAGGUGUAAUACCCAAAGCUUCUCCUGAUGAAGAUCGAGAAGAAGAGUUCCGAGCUCCUUUAUAUAAGAAUGCUGAAAUAAAUGGUAUAACGGUAAAAAUGAAAUGGUGUGUAACGUGUAAAUUUUAUCGACCGCCAAGAUGUUCACACUGUUCCGUGUGUAAUCAUUGUAUAGAAACAUUCGAUCAUCAUUGUCCUUGGGUUAAUAAUUGCAUUGGACGACGUAAUUAUAGAUUUUUCUUUUUCUUUUUAGUUUCUCUAUCAAUACACAUGUUGAGCAUAUUUUCUUUAUGCUUAUUUUAUGUAUUAAAAACAAUGCCAAAUAUAAGGCAAACAGCACCAAUAGUAUCCAUGGUAUUAAUGGGUAUUGUAACAAUAUUAGCCAUACCCAUAUUUGGUUUGACAGGUUUUCAUAUGGUCUUAGUGUCGCGGGGGCGUACCACAAACGAACAAGUGACAGGUAAAUUUAAAGGUGGCUAUAAUCCUUUUUCACGUGGCUGUUGGCAUAAUUGUUGCUACACACAAUUUGGUCCACAAUAUCCAAGUCUUCUUAAACCAGAAAAAUAUGCAGCUCGUCGGUCUCAUAAAGAAAAUCAAGGCAUUAGCACGAUAACAACAGAACGUGAUGCUAACAAUCAAUCUAACUCUGGUAGCAUUAUGCGUGGCGGUGGUGGUGCCGGUGUUACGGUUAAAUCUGGUGUCAUGUCUACGGCUAAUGCUCAACAUUCGCCGCAUGGAAUGCCACGCAAUUAUUAUGAACGGGACCAGCGUCAUACACAGGUAAAGACUUAUACGGACCAGGGCAAUGGUUUUAAUCAGCGGUCGGGCAGCACAACGCUUUAUAGUAAGCUCUCGCCUGGUAGGGAAUGUUCAGAUACCGAUAUGGAACCACAGGCAUCACAGAGUCAAGAUUGUGAACCAACACCACCAUUGCAAAGGCAUAAUUCUACCAAUUUCUAUUUGCCACAAUUAGAAAACGGAACGAUAGCCACGGGGCAGGGCAAUAAUGUAAAUGGUGCACAAGGCAAUGGUGGUGGUGGUGGUGGAGGCGGUGGUGAUUCUCCACGUCAUAUGCGCAUGUAUCAUCCAAGGCAUAGUCCUUUAGCCAGACAAAGAGGUUUGGAACCGCAGCGUGGCUUUAAUGAAGCCAUGUCACCCGACCAUCCAAAUCAUCUGCAGCAGCAACAGCAACAACAAGCACAAAAUCGUAGUGGGACAACUGCAACGCCCACUAUGCAACAGCGUAUUAAACCUUUAGGUGUAGCUACCCCUCUGGUUAUGGCCAGUCCUGUUAGAAGAUCAAAUCCUGGCACACCCACUCAACCUCGAAGACCUGAUUUUAUUGGUCUCAAUCAACAGCAACAACAACAAUUGCAAAAUCAACAGAAUCCAACACAAUCAUUUUAUGAGUACACAACAAAUGUGGCACCGACUUCAACAGCUGGUUUACCACCACAGCAUCCACAAUUGCCUAUUAUACAACAACAACAGCAGCAACAACACCAACAAAUGCUAAUGCAACAACAACGUGCCAUAAUGCAACAACAGCAACAAGGUGUCAUAAACAUCCAACAGCAACACGCUGCAACUUUAGCCCAACAACCGUAUGGCGGCAGUCCACAACGUCGUUUCCUAUCCGAAGGUGAACUAGUACGCCAGGGUUCUGGACCAUCUGGGACGGCAGGCGGUGACUUGUCCUAUGCCCGUUCAAAUAACACUGUAGAUAAUAUACGCGAAUUGGCUGGCAGUCCACAGCGGGGCGUUUAUAUGUGGAAAGAUACAUCACCCGGUUUCCAAGGUAGCUCUGGUGGCGGUGGUAUUGGUGGCAUGAUGCCACCGCCAUCAUCAAUGGGAGGCAUCGGCAGUAGUGCGGGCACUAUGCCAUCAAGUAUGCAGCAUCAUAGCACCGGAGGACCUCAGUAUAUAACAGUCAGCGGUGGAGCACAACAGGGUCAUCCUUUGAUAAUGACUCACUCGAGAAUGCAUCAAACGCAGCCAGGAAUACAUGAUUAUCAACAGCAGCAACAUGCGGUAUUUCAUCGUUCCAAUCCAACUAGUCCCACAACAUUACCCUCUGCCUCACAGGGACCACCGGUUUCGUCGUAUGUUAUGCGUUAUGGUAAUGCAUCAUCAGCGGCUUCCUCCUCGCAGCCACAACCCACAAGCUAUAGUCAAUCGAUGGGUGGUGGCGGCGGUAUUAGUGGUAAUAUGACACAAUCGGUGGCAUCGACAUCACAAGGUUAUCAACCGAAAAUACAUGGCGGUGUGCCAGUGUUUCCCCCCAAUCCCCAAGGCAUGAAUUCCUCCAAUACCCAACCAUCACCACAAAUCAAACGCAAACAAACCCCCACACGACCCAUGUCAUUCGUCAGAGCACUCGAAAUGACUGAUUCGAUGGAAAUGCAAACGCUUGAGCAGCAGCAACAGCAACAACAACACCAUCAACAUCAGCCACUGCAACAGCAACAACAGAAUCGCAACAAUGGUGCCAUAACAACCGGUCAAGGUGUAGCUGGUCACAUGAUGGGUGCUGCGCGCGCUAAUACCACCACACCAACCCCCGACCGUGCCAGUGUCUAUGACAUGAACUAUGAGAUUUCCGUAUAACCCGUGCUCGUACCCGUCGUUGUAGCACCCGCCAACGCCUCUGCAACGACCCUACAUAACGCUUAUGGACAUAAGAAAUUAUUGGCGGCAAACAGCAGCUGCAGCAGUAGUGGUGUUGGUGGAGGUAGUACCAAUAGUGGCUACACUUUAAAUAAAUAUAAAACUCAUUUGAACCAACAUCAUCACCCACUUCAUCAUCUUCAGCAGCAGCAACAGCAUUUUAGUGGCAGCAAUAGCAGUGGUAUGGGUGGUGGUAGUAAUUGCAGUAGUGGUGGUGGCAUUGGCAGCGGUGGUAGUAGUGUUAUUGUUGGUGUUGACGUUGGUGUUGCCGCUGCUGUAGCAGCAGCUACCGCCCCUGCAGAGCCGGCUGCCUAUGCUUCCGUGGCUGUGGUUAAUGCCAACUCUACAAAUGGCAAUAGUAGCAAUAGUGUAAGACAACCAAAUAAAAGAAAAUUUUCCACUUUCUUUUAGUCGAAAAAUACAAAUCCAAAACGAAAAACUCCACUAAUUGAACAAUUUCUUAACAUUCAUAUUCUCUUACACUAUUUAACCCAUUUUGAAAAGUUGAAAUAACUAAACUCUGCUCUUUCAAAACAAAAUAAUUAAACUAUUUUCAAACAAAAGAAACUUCAACCAAAAUGUAUAUAAAUACGAGUAUAUAAUUAAACAAAUUAAAUUGUCUUUUAGUUUAUAAAUUAAAAAAAAAAAAACACAAAAACUCAUUUAUAGUGUAAAACUCUCCUUUACUCUCUCUCUCUCUGUCAUUUACACAAUCUCCUUUAUCCUAAAACAUUUACACUCCUACAUUUAUCUAAACACAUAUAACCCACUUAUACAUAUUUACAUAUACAUACAUACGUAUAUUUUAUCUAAAUUAUCACAAAUUAUUUAUAACAAACAUAAAUAACAAUUUGUAUUUUAAUCCUUAUUAUUUUAUAGGCAAACUCCCACCCUCUGCCCCUCCUUUUCUGUCUAACCCUUAACAAUUCCUCUGUUAACUGAUUCCUGUUUCUGCUCUUGUAAAUUAUUAAAUGAAACAAUUUCAUAAUACUUUCUUUUCUAUCUACACUUAAUUCUAGAAGAAAAUAAUGGCGAAUAUUAAGGUGUUAUUUUUUGACAAUUUAAAGAAAUUGUUAAGUUUUAAGGUUUUUUGUAGCAAAAAUUUAAAUUGUAUUUAAACAAAGUGUUUUAGUAGAAUGUUUACUUUCGUAAACUUUAUUUACAGCUCCCCAGAUAUUUUAAGUGUUUGUAUUAUAAUUUUACAAAAUCAUAAAUUUGUUUUUAUAUAUAUAAAUGUCUUUAAAUGGUUAUUGCAUGCAAUUUUUAAUUUAAAAGUUUUGAAUUAUUUUCUUAAAAUUUGCGCUUUUUUAGAAAUCAAAAUAACAUACAUUUAAUGGAUUGGCUAAAGACAAAACAGGAAAAUUUAUCAAAUUAUAUACCUACCUAUCUGAAAUAAAAUAGAAAAUUGUUAACAUAUUUACCAAUCUCAUAACUGUACUUAAAAAUGCUUUCUGCAUGUCUUGUUUAAAGAAAAAAGUUUGAAAUCUUGUAAAAAUUAAAUGAACACCAAUAAAGCUUUAAAGGAGUUCUGAAAAAAGAAACAUGUUUUUUUAUAUGUAAAAGAAAAUACUUUAAAUAAUAUUGUUUGUAUACAUAGAUAUUAAAAAGCAAAUAUUUAAUGUUAAAUAAAACACCUAAAAGUAUGCUUUACAAUUGUACAAUUCCCUUGAUUGUUCUUUAAAAAAGCCACCGAAAUAUUCGUCAUUGUUAUUGUUUUAAUAAUUCUACUUCUAUGCUCGUUAGUUUUGUUUUUAAGUUAAUUAAUUUUAUAGUUCUUAAAGUUAAAACAAAUUAUUAGUAAUGUGUGUUUAUUUUUUUUAAUUUUUAAAUAAAAUUAACUCUUAAGCAUUUAUUAGUUUUCCUGUGUUUUAAAAUGAUGUAAUAAUAAUUGAAAAUAUUACUCUUCUGCUAUUUGAUUAAUAAGUUAUAAUUCUUCCAUUAAACAAAAUAUUAUUUUAAUAAUUGAAUUCUUUUAAUUUAAGU